GGCACACCGCUAUCCCCCCCACCCCCAACCCCACCCUCCAUAUUUUUGGGGUGAUCCCAUCCCCGGGAUGGGGUGAGGGCAGCUCCGAGCCGGUAUUUUUUUGGGGCGCCGCCCCGUUCGUCCCCCCAGAAUUCUUCAUCGACGGUCUGGGGGCGCUGCACGUGGGCUCGUGCGAGGACGUGGUCAUCGACCACGCGUCCAAACUGGCCCUGCCCUGGCGGCGAUCGGAGGGCGAGCGCCAGUACAACCGGUACCGCUACCCCGGCACCCGCGACAGCAGCCUGCGCCUCAAACAGCGGCUGUUCUUCUACAAAAACCGCCUCCAGUGCAUGGCCGGAGAGUAGGAAUGGACACUGGACAC